AUGUCUAUACCAACACGACCCGCCUAUUUCCAUAUUGGAACAUGGGACGAUGAGACACGCAGACAUCCUGCGAUGAAAUGGAUGGAAGACUACACCAAAGCUUUCAAUGCUCGUGAAGGAUGGGAUCGAAAGGCAUCCGACUGGCACGCUUCCGAAUACACCCUUGUCACGCCGGACGGAUCAACUUACACCGAUGCUGAGGAAUCUUUCAACGAGACCAAGGCAAUGUAUGCGCCCUUCACCAAAGAAUUUCAUGAGCCUUAUUUUCUGGUCUGUUGGGAGACCAGCACAGGCUGGGAGAUGCUAGGUCAGGCGCACUUGUUUGCCAACUGUGCUGGUAAUCCGGGCCCAGGCGAACAGAAGGUCAAGGACCUGCAGGGACGAGAAUGGGACGUUAAGAUCCCAGGAGCAUUCCAUUUCGCGUACCUGAGCCAGCAGGGUGCAGCACACGGGGGAAUUGAGUUGAGCAGAGCUGAGAUCAUGAGUGAUUCGCUACCUGCGAUACAGGUUUUGAAGAAAAGAGGGUUGAUUGAGUGA